UGUAAGAAAAAAACACCUUAUCGAUAUCAGAAGGAGCUACUUGUGCAAAAUGAAAACACCAAAAGCCAAAGAAUUAAAGAAAGAUGAAUUAAAGCCGAUAAAGAAGGAGCCCGGCGUGGCGGAGGACGGCAAAGUGGGCAAGAAGGCAAAAACAAAGCCCAAGAAGAAGGCGGUCAAAGUGACCAAAGAGGAGGUAAAGGCCGCUGUCCAGGAGAGUCCCAAGAAGCUGACGCCGCAAGACCUGGCCAAGAUCGAGAAGAAGAAGGCUAAAAAGGAGGCCCAGAAGCUAAAGAAGCAGCAGAAUAAGCAGCUGCCCAAGGAAGUGAAGAAAAAACCGGAAACUACAGUCAAAGUUGAGGGAAAGGUCUUGAAAAAGGAAAAAGUGGAUGCCACGACCAAGACUGCCUCCAAGGAAAAACCUAAGGGAAAAGCUAUCAAGAAGGCCAAGGCCAAUAACAAGAACGAAGAGGGUGUUAAGCGGGAACGGAAGCCUGAGGACGAAGCAGCCACCAUAUUUGUCGGCAAUCUGCCCAUCAACACGAAGCGCGUUCAGCUGGUGAAGCUCUUCCAGUCCUACGGCGUCGUUCAAUCCAUCCGGCUGCGCACCGCCGGCGGCAAGAUGCUCUUCAAGCACAAACAGCGCAAGGGAGCCGGCUCCCUGAAUGCCUAUGUGGUGUUCGCCAAUCCGGAGAUUGCCCAGCAGGCGCUGGCCCUCAAUGGCACCGAGUUCAAGGAGAACCACCUGCGAGUCACUCCAGCGGCCAAGUCGGAGGGCUUUGCCCAGGGAAAGGAUGAGCAGCCCAGUGACAAGGAUGCCAAGCGGACCAUUUUCGUGGGAAGCCUCAAAUACUCUGCCAAUGAAGAGAAGCUGCGCGAAAUCUUCUCCAGCUGCGGUGACAUCGAUUACAUUCGCUGCCUCCAGGAGGGCGACAAGGGCUGCAAGGGCGUGGCAUAUGUCUGCUUCCAGAAACCCGAUGCCGUGGGCCUGGCUCUGGAGCUGAAUCAGACCCUCCUGGACGACAGACCCAUCAACGUGGAGCGCUAUCAGGUCAAGAAGCUGGGUGCCAAACAAGUGCGCGACGCUGCCGCUGCCUCCGCUGCGAGCAGCACGUCCUCAAAGACCAAAGCAAAGAAACAGAACUCGGCGGGUGCCAAGAAGCGUCUGGACAAAAAGAAGGGCAAGGAGAACGGUGUGGCGGCAAAGGAAAGCAAAGGAGCAGCAGCUGGGGGUCAGAAGAAGAAGUCCGAGUACCGGGGCGUAAAAGUCGACGGCAUUAAGAAGGCCAAGAAGCCCAAAAAGAAGACCAACGACCAACAGACGGCUCUGGCCAAAAAGAUAGCCCCCAAACAGAAGAGUUAAUAUUAAGCCCAGCUCUAAGGUUUUUAAUAAGUUGCAAUUCAAUCAAAGAAAAUUCAUUUGAUUUUGUGUUACGAAGUUAACCACCGUAUCAGUUCCUGUAUAGGAUACCCAAUGAUUAUGUUGACGAAGUAAUCGUUGAAAGAUUACUCAAAAAGAUACAAAUAAAGUGUGAAUUUUUAUAAAUCUAA